UCGUAAAGACAAUAAAGAAUCGGAGAAUAUAUUAGAAACAAACGAUAAAAAGAAUAAUUCGACAAACGGACGAACGGACAAACGAAAUACAAACGAAGUGAACAAUAGUAAUAGGCAACAAGGAUAUGAGGCCUAUAUGCAGAACGAUGGUAACCCAUUAGAAAGCGAUACACUGUUGGAUAAUCUGGAUCAACCGAUAAACCCAACACAUAUUGACUUGCCGUGGGAACACCUCCAUCGAACUAUGAACGCUUCUAAAAGUAGAAAUAUAAGGAGUAAAGAGGGUUUUCUUAAUACACGGAGUAACCUUGACCAGCGUAAGGGUUCAGAUCAAACUCAGAAGCUGUUACAA